AUGACGUCAAUCAGCACAGUGGUCCAGGUGUACUUCAAGUGUGCCCACUUGUUGGACAAGGAUAUAACCUCGAAAUCCGACCCCUACGCGAUGCUGUUCGAGACCACAGAUGGCGGCAAGGUCUGCGUGGGACGCACAGAGGUAAUCAAGAACAAUCUCAACCCUGAUUUCAAGACCUCCAUCUCGGUGAACUACUACUUCGAGAUCCGCCAGACCAUGCGCGUAGAGGUGUGGGACAGUGACAAGCACAAGUCCGAUGAUCUGCUAGGUGUUGCGGAGUUCACAUUGGCUCAUCUGAUAUCAUCGCGUGGCUCCACGCUGACGCUCAGUCUGGGGGGCAAGAGCACCGUGACGCUGACUGCGUCGUAUGUCGGGUCGCAGCGGGGCACCGUUGGCGUGAGCUUCAGUGGUCGAAACCUGAAGAAGAUGGACUUGUUCGGCAAGUCGGACCCGUACUUUAUUCUGAGCCGCCUUCUGCCUAGCGGCCAGCGCUCCACCGUCUACAAGAGCGAGGUGAUCAAGAACUCACUGAAUCCGCAGUGGAGGCCGACGCCGCCGAUGGAUCUGGUGGACCUCUGCGGUGGCGACGUCGUCUCCCCGUGCAUCCACUUCGAGUGUUUCGACCAAGACCUGGGUACUGACGAGCCAAUGGGCAGCUUUGUGAUCACCGGUGAGCACCUACUUGCUGCAGGCGGGAAGGAGUUUGAGCUGACGCUUGAGAAGAAGGGGAAGCGGAAGUCGUACGGGUUUAUCGCCGUGGACCGGUGCGACUACGUGAAAAGCUACAGCUUUUUGGAGUAUGUACAAGCUGGCAUGAGUAUUAACAUUGCCUUCUCCAUCGACUUUACGGGGUCGAACGGGGCCCCGAGUGACCCGCGCUCGUUGCACUUCUGCAGUCCGUACCACCCUAGCAGCUAUGUGCGUGCGAUGCUGGCUGUGAGCAACGUUGUGCAGGAGUACGACAGCGACCGGAUGUUCCCCGUGUACGGAUUUGGUGCCGUGGCGCCCUUCACAAACGGCACGAGCCACUUCUUCCCGCUGAGUGGAAACCCCGCGAACGCCUACCUGAACGGGAUGCAGGCGGUUGUGGACACGUACGCUCGGCUGUUGCCCAUGCUGCAGUUCAGCGGACCCACCAACUUUGCGCCGACUAUUCGGACGAUCGCUACCGGUGCGCGGCAGGCUCGCGGCGUGUACACGAUUCUGCUAAUCCUCACGGACGGCGCCAUCACAGACAUGCAGGAUACAAUCGACGCGAUUGUUGCCGCAGAUGACGUGCCGCUGUCAAUUGUGAUCAUUGGCAUUGGGCACGCCGACUUCAGCUCGAUGGAGCAGCUCGACGGUGAUGGUAGUGUUCUUCGGGAUCGCAGCAAACGACCGGCGCGUCGUGACUUGGUGCAGUUUGUGCCAUUUAAUUCGUUCGAGGGGAAGGACCCUGCAAGGCUUGCGGCUGCAGUGUUGAUGGAGGUUCCGAAGCAGAUGGAGGCGUGGGGACGCAUUGUGCAGGCCACCCCAGGUCGCUUGUAA